GGACAAAAUGUCUGCGAGGAGCCUGGAGGCGAGGGGCGAUCAUCGCGGUGUCCGGACACUGCGGAAGGAAUGAGGAGUGAAGAGCCCCGGAAGACCAUGGAAGACAGCCGGAGGCCUGACGACCCUGCAGAACAAGGCGGCCCGUGCCCCGCACCUGCGGGCCCAUCAUACUCGGAGGCCUGGGGCUACUUUCACCUGGACCCAGCUCAGCCUAGGCACAGAAUGAUGAGCGCCUGGGCCACCUGCCGCCUGUGCGGGGAGCAAGUGGGCGGCCUCCCCAGCUUCCAGAUGUGGACGCGGGCACUGUGGCGACACCUGAGUGACACGCACCUGCGGGAGCUGAAGAAGAGCGCUGCUCCGAGCGUGAAGCCCGCCACGUCCUGCCCGCCGCAGCACAGCUCCACCGUGGCUGCUGAGGGCGACUGGGCACUUCUGUUGGAGCAGAUGGGCGCGCUGGCUGUGCGGGGCAGCCUGCGUGAGGUGGAGCUGGAGCGGCGCGAGACGGCCCUAAAGCAGGCGGAGCUCGAGCUGGAACGCAGGCACCAGGCUCUGCAGCAGGAGGCGCUCUGCCUGGAGCAGGCGCGCAGCCAGCUACAAGCGGAGCGUGAGGCAUUCAGUGCCUGGAUGAAGAAGCAGAGCCCCAAUGCAAAUUCCAAUGCACAGGUCCCGGCACUGCCCUCUUCCCCGCCUCUGCCCUCUUCCCCGCCUCUGCUCCCCAAGGAGGACCCUGACAUCCAUGAUGACGACAAUGAUGUGAUCACCAAGGUCGUGCAGUAGCACGACUGCUCCAUGUGUAACCAUAGGCUAUAGGCGGGGCAGUGCCCCCAAGUCAGUAGCCUGGUUCAGGUACACAGGAUGGUCCACACAGCUACCUCCUUGCAGUGCCUUAAGCCUGAAGGUUUUUAAGCCAGAAGGUUCUCUAAACACCGAAGACUCCUCCCACCGCGAGCCUUUCAGGGGAAGAGAUGGAAACGAAGAUAAGAUUUGUUUAUCCAGGAACCCCGUCCACUUCUCUCCAAAUGACCCAGCACCACGUUCUAGAAAGGAUCCUGGAGUAUCCCUGACUCCCGCAUCUAUAGAACCUCACAUUGUGCCAGUCCCAAAGAGACCCCUUUUUUUGUUCCUGUCCUCAUGUGGCUAACCCAAGGCAAUGAGCAAUCAUUUACUUAAACCAUCUUUCCCUAGAUCGGACCCAGCGACAGAUACAUUCCCCCACUUUCUUGGCUUGCAUUUUGACACUUUACUAGCCAAGACGUCUGUCACUGGGGAGAAUAGUUUCUUGCCCUACAGACCUCCCCCUGGAGGCCUCGCCUCCCCACUGCCUUAGAGUCAAUCCGUCUUGUCCCCUCCUUUCUUCAGCCUCUUCCCCGCAAUGCCUCCUACCCCUGAAAGUCAAGAAGGCCCGGUUGCCGACCUUGGCACCCUGCGUCCCACCACAUCUGUCAAUCCCUCACUGCACGCUAAGCGACCACCCAAAACCAAGUAUGGUUUCCCCAACCCUUGACUUCUGAAGUCCCUCUCUUGGAGGCGGAAAAUGCUUUCCUAAAGUUUGUUUGGUUGAGAUAAAGGUUUUUUCUUUUUUAGGUAGAUUAAAUGUAAAAAUGCUUCAUUGUGAAAAGUCUGGAAGGGCAAUCUGACAAUUUUAUAAAAACAAAUUUCAGCAUUUGACUUGGAAAGAAAUGUGUGUUUAUGACUGACAAGAAAUAACGACAUUGACAGAUUAAUUUCAUGAAGUACUUGUAACUUUGCAACGUGUAACUUUGCAACAUGUUUUUGUUUUUGUUUUUUUGAAAUAAAUUUUACUUGCGUU